AUGGACACCGAGUCCCAGUACUCUGGUUACUCCUACAAGUCCGGCCACUCCCGAAGCUCUCGGAAGCACAGGGAUCGGCGGGACAGACACCGUUCCAAGAGCAGGGAUGGAAGCCGAGGGGACAAAUCAGUGACGAUACAGGCACCGGGAGAGCCUCUGUUGGACAACGAGUCAACCAGAGGGGAUGAACGGGACGAUAACUGGGGCGAGACAACAACUGUGGUGACAGGCACGUCGGAACACAGCAUCUCUCACGAUGACCUCACACGCAUUGCCAAGGACAUGGAGGACAGUGUCCCUCUGGACUGCUCACGUCACCUGGGCGUGGUGGCUGGUGCUACGCUGGCACUGCUCUCCUUUCUAACCCCACUGGCCUUCCUACUGCUGCCCCCGCUACUGUGGCGGGAAGAGCUGGAGCCCUGUGGAGCAGCCUGCGAGGGACUCUUCAUCUCAGUGGCCUUCAAGCUGCUCAUCCUGCUGCUGGGCAGCUGGGCUCUGUUCUUCCGCCGGCCCAAGGCCUCACUGCCCCGGGUCUUUGUGCUGCGCGCCUUGCUCAUGGUGCUUGUCUUUCUGCUCGUGGUCUCCUACUGGCUCUUCUAUGGGGUUAGGAUUUUGGAGGCAAGGGAGCGCAGCUAUCAGGGGGUGGUGCAGUUUGCAGUUUCUCUGGUAGAUGCCCUGCUCUUUGUGCACUAUCUCGCUGUGGUCCUGCUGGAGCUACGCCAACUGCAGCCCCAGUUCACUCUCAAGGUUGUGCGCUCCACGGAUGGGGCCAGUCGCUUCUACAAUGUUGGCCAUCUCAGCAUCCAGCGUGUGGCAGUGUGGAUCCUGGAGAAGUAUUACCAUGAUUUCCCCGUCUACAACCCUGCCCUCCUCAACCUGCCCAAGUCCGUCCUGGCCAAGAAAGUGUCCGGCUUCAAGGUGUACUCCCUCGGAGAGGAGAACAGCACCAACAACUCUACUGGACAAUCUCGGGCGGUGAUUGCAGCAGCAGCUCGGAGGCGGGACAACAGCCACAAUGAGUAUUAUUAUGAAGAGGCAGAGCAUGAACGGAGGGUGCGCAAACGCAGAGCCAGACUGGUGGUAGCAGUGGAAGAGGCCUUCACACACAUCAAGAGGCUACAGGAAGAAGAGCAAAAGAAUCCAAGGGAGGUGAUGGAUCCAAGAGAGGCAGCUCAAGCCAUUUUUGCCUCCAUGGCACGAGCCAUGCAGAAGUACCUUCGCACUACCAAGCAGCAGCCCUACCACACCAUGGAAAGCAUCCUCCAGCACCUGGAGUUCUGUAUUACCCAUGACAUGACACCCAAGGCCUUUCUGGAGCGGUACCUGGCAGCUGGCCCCACCAUCCAGUAUCACAAGGAGCGCUGGCUGGCUAAACAGUGGACGCUGGUGAGCGAAGAGCCAGUGACCAAUGGGCUCAAAGAUGGCAUUGUCUUCCUCCUCAAACGCCAGGACUUCAGCCUGGUGGUCAGCACCAAGAAGGUCCCGUUUUUCAAGCUGUCUGAGGAGUUUGUGGACCCUAAAUCGCACAAAUUUGUCAUGAGGUUGCAAUCUGAGACCUCUGUGUAA